AUGAAUCAAUGCCGGCGGUUAAAAUUUAGGAUAGUCAUGAAUUGUCCUUUAGGUUACCCAACCGUUAUGAACCCACUCAACUCCACUCAGGUUUCGCUAACGAUCACAAUACGCGCGAGAAUGGUAAACCAAGGAAAGGAAUAUAACACAGCACCUAUUCGAGGAUGGCGGGAAAGUGGUAAGAAACCUACCGUUUUGAAUACUGAGAAUCUAUCCACUCCUUUUAGAGCAUUCUUCUCGUCAACCACUUUGCCAACUGUUUGGUCGUCAGUUCCACGACUACGUCCUCAUCGAUCAUGGUUCGAACGCGACUAUUCCAGCUCGGACCAAAUAACCAUGCUAAGUUAUAUCUGCUUAUUCCACUUUCAAGCCUUCAAUCUGAAGGGUUAUGAAACAUGUAGUGACCACGACCUAUUCCUAACUUUGUCGUUCCCACCUCCUCUCGGACUUCAUUUAAAACGACCUCGUUAUUUCAGCUUCCAGAAUUGA